GCAAUUAUAAUUUCUGCUGAAGAUCUAGAAUCAAAAGAAAAAAAAAUUCCAGUCUUUCUUUUUUUUCCACCAUGGAACUGGACAAAUACUGGUGCAGUUCAGACAGUCAUAGUUUCCGGUGGAGCAAAUGCUGUGGAGAACCUUCAACUGGCCGCUGCUACGACCAGAUUGUUUCCAUAAACACCCUGGUGGUGAGCAGAUCAAAGCUGCCAUGGUGGACAAUUCUGUGGAGAAGGCUUAAGAGGGAGAAGAAGAAAAUCUUUAUUUGUUCUUCAAGCAAUGAAGCACUGAACGUUUCUUAUGAUCCUUACACCUAUGCCAAGAAUUUCGAUCAAGGCUUGAUGUCAGAUCCUGAAGACAUUUCCAGGUCCUUCUCAGCUAGGUUUGCUGUUCCUUCUAGGAUUUUUGAAAAGGGUGGAUUGAAAGUUUGAAGCCAAAAAUUCAGCAACAAAUUGGUUUCUUUUUGUUGUGAAUGAAUCAGCUGUUAUAUUAAUGUAGUUUCCAUAUUUUAUCAUUCUAAUAAAAAUUUCUUCUUUUC